GCCACAACCAACAUUCAGAGGCCUCCCAGGUCCCCUCCUGGAUAAACAACUUCCUCUGCCCCCCACUGGCCUUGAGGCAGGAAAAGGGGGCUCUUCUGCCUGGGAUGUGCAGGAGCAGGUACCAAAUCUAUUGUCACUCAACUUAGAGCUCCAGCCCCGCACGCGGCCGCGCCAUACGGCAGCCACUCGGGAGCCCCUAAAAGCUUCCUGCAGUACUCUAGGACCACCCCGGAGCAGCAGCAGCCUGGUGCAGAGCCCCCAGCACCCCAAGCCAGAGGAACAAAGUAAGACCAGCCUGCUGAGCAGCGGCUACGUGGGAGAUGAGGAAAGAAGCGACACCAGCUUGGUAGACAAGGGACGAAUCUUACGCUUGAGUAAGAGACCUGAUCCCCAGGUGGACAGCGCCCAGAGCAGCCAGCUGUGUGCCGCAUACUUUCCCAGCCAGUUAAAGAACCGUCGGCUGGACAGCCAGCACCACGGCACCCAGCAGACUGGAGGGCAAAACCGGGGCCUCAGCCAGGCCAGCAGCAACCAGAGCAUCAGAGUGGACGGCAAUGGGCAAGGCGUGCCAAAUAGUGACACCAACCUCCAGGGGGACAAGCCCGAGGGAGCUGUGAAGACUGGCAAUCAGAUGGCUCAGGACCAGCAGCCUGCCCAGUAA